AUGAAGACAGCAGUGUUAACUAUGGCUCUGCUGCUGCUGCUGCUGACCCAGGUCACACCAGGGAACCCUGAAAGAUGCUGGAAGUCUUUUGGUAUCUGCCGUGAAGAGUGCAUCAAGAAAGAAAGUUUCUAUAUCUUCUGCCAGAAUGGCAAAAUGUGCUGUGUGAAGCCCAAGAAUGUGCCCCAGUGGUCAAGGAAUUUGGACUAG